AUGGUGGGGUCCAGAGAGGCUUUGGAACUCCACAUCCUGUUCUGUUGCUUGUGUGGAGGGCUGGCCAGCCUCAAGUGCUGGGGGCAUGUCUGGGUCGAGCCCGCGCCGGUGGUGCGGAUGGGCUCCGACGUCUCCAUCAACUGCCUCUACACCUUUGGGUGCCCCUGGGCCGAGUUCCACCUCCUCUUCAACGCCAGCCUGGCCGAAGGUGCCCUGCAGCCCCUCAACAGCAGCGCCGUGCAGCUGCGGCUGCGUGACUACCGCACGCCCUUCCGGACGGUCUUCUGCGUCGCCCGCUGCCGCGGCAGCCACACGCGGCACCUGCUCUGUGGCACCACCAUCCUGGCUGGCUACCCUCCAGACCCCCCCAGCAACCUGAGCUGCACCAUCCAGGAGGGCUCGGAGUACCUGGUGUGCAGGUGGGACACAGGACGGCCAACCGAGCUCCUCACCAACUACAGCCUCCACCUGCAUGGGAUGGUGGUGGCAGAGGAUGCUGAGGAGAAGGACGAUGAGGAGGAAAAGGCCUUCACUGCAGGCUCACCGGUGCCAUUAAGUGUGUUGCAUGGCAAGACCCACUACUGGGCAUGGGUGCAGGCCAGCAACGCCUUGGGUGCUGCUCGCUCACCCCCUCAGCACCUCAACUUGCAGCAGCUUGUGGUACCCAGCCUGCCCCUGGUCAUUGGUGCUGAGACCACGGAGACCUCCCCUCCCACCACCACCCUCCACUGGAGAAGGCAGACGCUGCUGGAGGACGUGCACUGCGAGGAGCGGCACAGAGCCACGGGCACCUUGGCAUGGCAUCAGCACAGGACCCACUCGUGGCACAAUCUCCAGAGUAACACCCAGUACGUGUUUCAGGUCAGGUGCAGGCUCAGCCCCACUGGCAGCCCCUGGAGCUCCUGGAGCACUUCCUUUCUCUACACCACCCCUGAAGCUGCCCCCACCAAGGCUCCUGACACCUGGCGGCGCCUGGGCCCAGCACUACCGAACGGCAGCCAGGAGGUGACAGUCUUGGUCAAGCCCCUGCCAGCCCCAGAUGCCCGUGGCAGGAUCCUGGGCUACGCUGUGACCACCAAGACCACCAAGGGAUCACUGCUCCUCUGCAACACCUCCAGCACAGCAUGCACUGUCCUGCUACCUCCAGGAGCCCACAUCCUCCAUGUCACUGCUCACAACUCCAAGGGGGCUUCCAGCCCUGCCACCAUCACCCUCAACCAGGGCACCAACAGCCAGGAAGAGUUCCCAGCACCUCUGGCUGUGGAGGUCAAGCCUGAGAACCAGAGCAUCUUCUUGGUGACCUGGCAACACCCCCAGCACAGCAGGAGGUCCCUGCUCUGGUUCAUAGUAGAGUGGAUUUUUACCACCCAAUACAGCCAGGAGGAGCAAUACUUCUGGAAGAAAGUUCCACAGCAGGAAGCACACACCUACAUCCAAGAAGGUGCAGCAGCAGGAGGCCACAUCAACGUGUCUGUGUAUGCAGUCUACCCUGAUGGAGUCAGCAAACCAAGCUCUGGCCAAGUCCCUCCAGGGAACCACCUGCUGAGCACCACCUACAGCGAGAUCUCCUAUGAUGAUGACAUUGGUGUUUUCUUGGGCCUGGGCAUCAGCAUGCUCGUGUUAUCCUUGGGGUUUGCUGUCCUGAUGUUUAAAAAAUCAGCCAGAAAAAGAAUCAAAGCCAGCGUUGUGCCGCUUUUGCCAAAGUGGCUCAGGGAAGACCUUCCCCAAAUGGAAAACAGCAACGUGGUGAAGUCACUCCAGGAAAAGAGUGAUUUCAUGGAUAACAAUGAGCCAUUCUUGGACAUCAGUGACCCCACAGUUACAGAAGUGGAGGAGGUGCCAGAGCAUGAGGAGUACAAGACCAUAACCACAAGAAGGAAGCCCAGCAGAGAGGUGCCUAAGGAGUUGGAACACCCAAAGAGCACAGCACCAGCCAGCACCACCAUCCCUGAGCAGAUCAGUGACUACAAACCUCAGGUGUCUGAUGUCAACCCAGCAGGCUACAUUGCUGCCAACUUUUACCAAGCACAGACCCAAGCAGCCCUCCCUGAACCAGAGAUGAAUGUCUGCUUCAGAGACUACCCCAGCACCGAGACCCCCCUGUGGCGUGCAGGGGGAGGGGACCACAACCUCUGGCUGCUGGAGAAGGUCAACCUUGUCCUAAACAGCAGCCAGAGUGGGCAAAGCCACGUGUUCAGCUCAGCUGUGGUGGGACAUGGGUCCCUCAUGGAGAGCCAGUGGGCUCAGACCUUGGCCAUGGAUGCUCAAGAGCAAACGCUGGUUCCUGAGGAGCUGCUCUGCUGCCUGAGAGCCAUCAAUGGGGGCUCAGGGACAGCCAAGAGCUGCUUCCCCCAAAGCACUGGAGGCUUAUUUUGA